GACCUACUGUGCCUACGUGGUGCAGCGCAACGUGACGUGCACGCUGCAGGAUGGGGCUGAGAGCUACGUCAAGGCUGAGUACCACAAGUGCAGCUGGGGACCCAAGUGCCCAGGGAAAGUGCUGUACCACACCUUCUUCAGGCCCAGGUACAAGAUUGGCUACAGGACGGUGACGGAGCUGGCCUGGAGGUGCUGCCCAGGCUUCAUGGGAGAAGGGUGCCACGACAGCCCCACCGACCAGCCCGGCCUCCUGCCCCAGCACCCCAGCCCCAAAAUGCCUCCUGGACAAAAGAUGUUUCCUCUCCCCAGGCUUCCUCCCUAUCCAAAAAGCCACCCUGACCUGUUUCCAGGACCAAAGAAGAAUCAAUAUGGCAGGAAGCUGCCCGGCCUCUUUGGGGACCGCCUGGACCGGCUGGAGGAGGAGGUGAGGCGCCUGUCCCAGUCCUACGAGAGCCUGCAGGCCCUGGUGAGCGGCCUGGGGGACCGCCUGCGCCUGGCCGUGCAGGAGGACACCACCAAGAUGCUGGGCUCCGGGCCGGUGGACGCGGCGGACAAAGCGGAGGGCGCCGCCUACCCCCCCGUGGGGGAGAUCCUGACGAAGGUGACGGAGGUGAGCGACGUGCUGAAGAGCAAGGCGGACCUGCUGCACGAGGUGAGGGGCAUGGUCCUGGACCACGACGGGCAGAUCAAGCACCUGCUGGAGUCGGCCCGGCCCUCGCCCCUCACCUCCCUCCACCUGCUGGAGGAGUACGUGGACACGCGGCUGAGCGGCCUGCGCGGGGAGCUGCUCGACGGCUUCGAGAAGAAGCUGGGCAAGAUCCAGAGCACCUGCGAUUUUCGGAUCCAGGAGGUGAGGCAGCAGUGCGAGGAGGAGAAAGCUGCCAACCUGCGGCUGCAGCAGACGCUGGACGGCAAAGAGUUGGAGAUCAAGAAAGAGAUCUCCCAGCUGGAGACCCAGAUCCAAGGGCUGACGGUGGUGGAAAGCUGCUGCGGCAACCUGGACUACCUCACCGAGCGCAUGAACGUCCUGGAGAAGGGGCUCCACAGCAUCUCGGAGGCCCAGAAGAACUUGCACUCGCGGCUGGACGGAGAGAUCUCCACUGCCACCCUGGAGAACCUUUUAGAAGGGCGCUUGGAGGACCUGGAAGCCAGACUCAACGCUACAGAAACGGGGAGCUGCUGCUCGGGUAUAGAGGACAGCAUGAGAGGCACGGUGGUGGCCGAGGUGGAUGGCGUGAGGACUGCCUUUGAAGAUAAAAUGCAGACCCUGGAGGACAGGUUCAUGACCAUGGUGGGGGAGCUGAACAACGUGAGCUCUCCGGUGGGCAUGGACGGAGCGGUGGUGCCCGUGCUGGAGGGGGAGCUGGCGAGCAUGAGGAAGAGGACGGAUGAAACCCUGGAGGUGCUGCAGAAUCGCCUCGUCACGCUGGAGAGCACUUGUUCCUUGGGCUGCACCUCUGCCUCCAGAGACGUGGAGACCUUCCGGACGGAGAUCGAAGACUGCCAGAACAAGAACCAGGACCUGCUGCUGAGGAUGGACAGCAACUACGACCUGCUGCGCAAGCUGAACGCCACCAUCCUGGAGAUCCAGCGGCGAAUCGAGGAGGAGGCCUCGGGGGCUUUGCAAGGGGAGAUCACCUUGCUGAAGAUCAACCUGAACACCGUGAGCAAGUCUCUGACGGGGCUCAAAGACUCUGUCUCCCAGUACUCGGACAGCGUGACGCACGUCAACUCCUCCCUGGACGAGCACGAGCGGAAGAUUGAGGAUGAAGUCCACUCCAUCCAGGAGAAAGUCAACGACCAAGGCUCCCAGCUCUUCUUCAGCAACCGCCGCGUCCUGAACCUCAAGGGAGACUUGGAACGACUCAAAGCCAGGAUCAUCAACGACCUGAGCUCCUGCAAGAGCGUGGCCAGGGACCUGCAGCAGGAGGUGGCUCACUUCGACGAGCGGGUGGCGCGGGUGGAGAGCGUCUGCAGCAGGCUGGGGACCGUCACCGGCAGCCUGGACGGCAUCAGGGAGGAACUGGAGAAACACACGGGCAGCCUGUGGGACUCCAUGGAGCACAUGAACGGCACCCUGGCUGCCCACUCUCAGGAAAUAACGGGACUGAAGGACAACCUGCUGGACUGCCAGGCCAAGGUCUCGGAGCUGGCGGAGCAGGUCGGUCACUUGGAGGAGCAAGCUGCAGGAAGGCACCACCACCCCUCCCCUCCAGUCCAGGAGACCCACUCACGUUGGCCCUGUUCCCAAAGGCUGCGUAGAAGGGCAGCUCUGUGGCAAACAGGUUUUUGA